CUUAUUCUCAACUUCACUUUUUGCCUCUGCUGGUGAUGGAACCGCAACUCCAGCAGCUGCAAGAGCCAUUGCACUAUGACGCGGAAGUAGAUCAGGGUCCCACAUCACCAAACGAGAGCCCGGUUUAGAACAGAUAGAUUCUUGUUUUCGUUCAAUAUAUCUUCUACAAAAGCUUUCUUCACAAGGAACUCCCUUUCUUCUCUCUGUCGAUCUCUCAGCGGGGAGCUACGACCACCUGGUAGCAACGAGCGUGGCACUCUGGAAAAUUUGAUAUUUACAUGAAUAUGAGAACAGACUAUAGUAGAGCAAAACUUAAAAAGGUUCUAUGUACAAAGGGGAUAAUGGAAAAUUUGCCUUGCCUUGAAACAAUGGACAAAGUCAAGAGAUAUAGAAGCUGCUGUGGGAAGAGAUGGACCUCCGACGAUGGCCGUGGAAAGAGAUGAAGACGAUGGCCGUGGGAAGAGAUGGAGCUUCGACGAUGGCCGUGGAAAGAGAUGGAGCUCCGAUGAUGGCCGUGGGAAGAGAUGGAGCUCCGACGAUGGCCGUUCGAUGUCCGACAGGCGACAAUGCUUCUGGUCACCACAUCGUGUUCAAUCUGCAGUAGAGGAGCUUCUCUUCCUUUUCGUUCCACCACCAAAAGUGAUCAGAGCAAGUGUCCCUAAGCUGCUUCUUGAUGAUGUCUUCUCUGCUUCAUCUUCUUCUGCGAGUGUUUCAGCACCAUCUCCUUUCGGAGCAGCGCCAGCCAGUGGUUCAGCACCACUCUUUGGAUCUUCCUCAUCCUUAUUCUCCGCUCCUUCAUCUGCAGCCGGCUCGAGUUCUCCUCUCUUCGCUACAUCCUCAUCUGCUACUACAACAGACAUCUCUUGUUGUGGCUUCGACGACUGGGACAAGCACAACUGUUGCAGCUCCAGUGGCUGGUGCUCCCAAGUUACCAUCUGAAAUAACUGGUAAAACUGUUGAGGAGGAGUGGAAUACUGAGCUAGAAGAGUGUACAGGGAGUUUCCGGAAACAGGCAAAUGCAAUAGCUGAAUGGGAUAAGCGGAUCCUGCACAACAGUGAUGUUCUUUUG